AUGUCAGCGCUCAACAAGGGUCUUUCAACAUACCACUCCGUCCACGGCCUGUAUUGGAGGGAAUCAAACGGUACUCUCCUGGCUGUUGAGGGCAGAAACUCUCUUGCACUGCCCGGAGCUUGGCCGCAGUUGAGGGAAGAGAUUUGCUCCAACCAAGGCUCAUGGAGUCAACUGCAUCUGCCCUCGGGGAGACAGAUCAAUUCCCUGCAAAUCACCGCCGACAUCCCCGCGCUGUGUGAAAUCCGAGCCAACUUCCCGCCAUCGUAUCGGAAUGAAGACUUGCAUACGACGGUCGCCGAGAUCGCGCAUCCCAAUAAUCUGGUCUUGGGUGUGUUGACAUCUCGACCCAAGUCUCUCGUUGGCGAUGUAUUCGAUGCCUGGGCGGAGCACUUCAUCCUGUUGGAGACGCAAUUCCAGCCAUUCGCGCGACUCUCACAAACCUCGGCACACGAGCACCGAAGAAUAUGCGGAAUCAUCGCGGACAUCUUCGAGCAGAAGCUCAAGAACGCUUCUCGCGAUGACCAGUGGCACGCCCUUGGACGCCAAAACUUCAUGGAUCAGGCGUACGGUUUCGUCGAGAGAAGCAUUCCGAUACUCCUUUGCCUUCCUGCCUUCCCAUGCAAGUCUCCGAACCCCAAUAAGGUCGGCGGUACGAUGCCAGAUCUCGGCGAGCACAUCGCCAUAGACGUGCUCCGCAGCUUUGUCAAGGAGAUUUGCCACGUGUAUAAGCCAGGCGCAACUCUUUGGGUCAUCAGUGAUGGCCACGUCUUUUCUGAUUGUAUCGGCGUCGACGACGACAAGGUCGAUACCUAUGAUGCGCAAUUGAUCGAGAUGUACAAGGAGAAGUAUCCAGUGGAGGAGGGGCCUGUCCCAGCCAUCCGCUUCAAGGGCUUGAAAGACAUUUUCAUGUCCAAUCCGGACAGUUCCCACUCUUUCAAUGAGUCCUGGGUUAUGUCGCACAACAUCCCGCAUCCAGUGAAGACGAAGCUCACUGCCCCUUCUGAGCUUUGCAGGAAGCUUCUGCUUGGUGUCUCUCAAGCCGACCGCGCGUUCAUCCGAAGCUGCAUCGAGGAACAGGAGCCGCAUGCUCUUCAGCUGUAUCGCGGCCAAACGCGUUUUAUGCUCGAGGACCUUGCCGAGGUUGCCUCGGUGAAGGCUUUGAGCAUGAAGCAGCGUAAGAAAACGGCCGCGCUUGUCGCUCAAGAGAUGAUUUCGCGCAACCAAGCAUACUCAAACCUAGUCGAGCUGCUCUUUCCAAACUAUAUUCGUCUCUCCAUCCAUGCCCACAACAACAGCGGACCAAAGUUCGCAAUCCGCCUCUUGCCUAAAAGUAUGGUCCGUCCCAUCGAUUCUUUGAAUCGUCGUCUCGAACCCAUGCUGGCGUACGAGUUCCAGAUCCCAACGCCGUGGCACAACUCCAUCAUCAAGGUCGAGGGUGACGAGCUCCUGUACCUGGCACGCUCCCAGGUUGCCAGGACCGCUAUCGCCAGUUCGGGAAUGGAAGGAUCGUGGGUUGAUAGCCCGGACGGCUCUUAUUUCAGCCUCAAGCAUAGUACACCUCGUACGCCAAUCGAGGUCGUCGGAUCGGAACCUGGCCUAAGAUCGCAAUGUCGCACCGAAACAAUGCGCUCAAAUGACCUAGACUACGUCGGCUGGUUGAUUUGCAGCGCCGGGAUUCCGGGCACCGGUCCUGUCCCCGCAAUUCAUACGUCGCAAUUGCCCGGCGGACGGUACACAGCCCUUGCCUAG